AUGGAACAGUGUGGACCAUUGUCAUCACUUUGGUCUAUGCGUUUUGAAUCCAAACAUAAACAGCUUAAGGAAACUGCUAAAUCAAUUACAUCUCGUAAGAACUCCCCUUAUACCUUGGCAUUGAAACACCAACUUAGUUUAGCAUACAGAGUUUUGUCAUCAAAUAAUAAUAUUAUUGAUAUGCAGUUCAGUCAUCAAAUAACUCUUUCGGAAACCACAUGGCUUGAGUAUAGUAAAGUUGAAUUUUUAUGUUCCCCUUUUGAAUUUUUAGAAGAUGCAAUAUUUGUUUCGUGGAUUAAUUUUAAAGGAACCACUUAUAAUAGUAAUAAUAUGUCUAUUCUAGUUAGUUUAAGUGAUAAUCCAAAUAUAUUACCAAUUUUUGGACUAAUAAUAUCUAUAUUUAUUCAAGCUGAUAAUAUACCAUUUAUUAUUUAUAAGAUUUAUGAAAAUAAUUAUUUUGAUGAACAUUUCCAAGCAUAUAAUGUACAAUUAACUGAAAAAUUAUUAUGUUGUUCAGUUGAAAAAUUAGACAGUGUACAUCCCACUGUUCAUUGUGUCCUAUCAAAUAAUUUAUCUUAUAUACCUUUAUAA